CCGUGGUUUUCCCUGUAGUGGAGAGUGGAGUCUGCUGCCGCCCGGAGAAUCUAAACCAUCUGCGGCCCGUGCCAUGGCGGAACGCCGCGCAUUCGCGCAAAAAAUCAACAGGACCGUGGCAGCAGAGGUCAGAAAGCAGAUCUCUGGACAGUAUGGAGGUUCCCCACAGCUCUUCAAACACCCAAACACAGGGGCAGCAGCGAGUAACACGGUGCCACUCACGGAGGCGGUGGACCCAGUGGAUUUUGAGGAGUAUUUGACCACUCACCCCCCCAUCGUGGAGUCGGGGCCGCUCAGAGAUCUGAUAGAGUUUCCUCCUGACGACAUCGAGGUCAUCUACACCCCCCGGGAGUGUCGCACAGUGGUACAGGCCGUCCCGGAAGAAGGCGACACAGAUGCUCAUGUCAGAGACUGCGUUCGGUCAUACACAGAAGACUGGGCAAUUGUUAAUAGAAAAUAUCACAAGCUUGGUACGGGGUUCAAUCCUAAUGCACUUGACAAACAGAAGGAGCGUCAGAAAGGCCUCCCCAAACAGAUCUUUGAAGCUGAUGAAAUGCCAGAGACGAGCAGUUACCAAGACGACCAGGAUGACUUGAAGCGUCGUUCCAUGUCCAUAGAUGAUACUCCCAGGGGCAGCUGGGCCUGCAGCAUCUUUGACCUAAAGAAUUCUCUCCCUGACCCCCUCCUCCCUCACCUUCUGGACCGCGCCCCCAAUGAGGAGAUCGAUCGACACAACCAAGACCAACGCAAAACCAGCCGCCACCGUGAGCUGUUUGCUCUGCACCCUGCUCUGGAUGAGGAGGAGCCCAUAGAGCGUCAUUGUGUUCCUGAAGUACCUAAAGAGCACUUUGGACAGCGGCUGCUCGUCAAGUGCUUGUCCUUGAAGUUUGAAAUCGAAAUUGAGCCGAUAUUUGCUAGUUUGGCCUUAUACGACGUCAAGGAAAAGAAAAAAAUAUCUGAGAACUUUUUCUUUGACUUAAACUCUGAGCAAACAAAAGGCAUGUUACGUCCUCAUAUCCAAACGGCAGCCAUCUCAACACUGGCCCGAUCUGCUGUGUUUUCUAUUACCUACCCAUCUCAAGAUGUCUUCCUGGUUAUCAAGCUGGAGAAAGUUCUACAGCAGGGUGAUAUUGGAGAGUGCGCUGAGCCCUACAUGGUUUUCAAAGAGUCCGACGCUGCCAAGAAUAAAGAAAAACUGGAGAAGCUCCGAAGUCAGUCUGAGCAGUUCUGCCAACGCCUGGGUCGCUAUCGAAUGCCUUUUGCUUGGACAGCGAUCCACCUCAUGAACAUUGUGAACAGCGCGGGCAGUUUAGAGAGGGACACGGAGAUGGAAAUGAGUCUUUCAGAGCGAAAAGGCUCUUGGUCUGAGCGGAGGAACUCAAGCAUCAUGGGACGGCGUUCCCUGGAGAGGACCACGAGUGGAGAUGAGGCCUGCAGCCUGACGGGCUUCAGACCCGCCACACUCACCAUCACCAACUUUUUCAAACAGGAAGGGGACAGACUUAGUGACGAGGAUCUGUAUAAGUUCCUUGCUGAUAUGAGGCGGCCGUCUUCAGUGCUCAGAAGACUUCGACCCAUCACAGCUCAGUUGAAGUUGGACAUAUCUCCAGCUCCAGAGAACCCGCACUACUGCUUGACCCCUGACCUCCUGCAGGUUAAGCCUUACCCCGACAGCAGAGUUCGGCCAACUCGUGAAAUUCUUGAGUUUCCUGCGAGGGAUGUCUAUGUGCCAAAUACCACAUACAGGAAUCUGCUUUACAUCAACCCCCAAAGCCUUAACUUUGCCAACCGCCAAGGCUCUGCCCGCAACAUCACCGUUAAAGUACAAUUCAUGAACGGAGAGGACCCAAAUAAUGCCAUGCCGGUCAUAUUUGGAAAGUCCAGCUGUGCAGAUUUCUACAAAGAAGCCUACACCUCUGUGGUUUACCAUAACAGAUCCCCAGACUUUUCGGAUGAGAUCAAAAUUAAACUACCAGCGUCUUUGUCCGACCAUCACCACAUCCUCUUCACUUUUUACCACGUCAGCUGCCAACAGAAGCAGAACACCCCACUGGAGACCCCUGUUGGUUACACGUGGAUCCCGAUGCUGCAGAAUGGGCGUUUGAGGACAGGACACUUUUGCCUUCCUGUGUCUCUCGAAAAGCCGCCUCAGUCUUACUCCGUGCUCUCCCCAGAUGUCCCACUUCCAGGCAUGAAGUGGGUGGAUAACCAUCGGGGGGUGUUCAAUGUGGAGGUUACAGCUGUCUCCACUAUUCACACACAGGAUCAGUACCUGGAUAAGUUCUUUGCCUUGGUGCACGCCUUGGACGAGCACAUGUUCCCAGUGCGGAUUGGAGACAUGCGGAUUAUGGAGAACAGUCUGGAGGCAGAGCUUAAAACCAGCAUCGCAGCCCUGAACUCCACCCAGCUGGAGCCCGUCGUGAGAUUCCUUCACCUGCUGCUGGACAAACUCGUGCUGCUUGUGGUGCGGCCGCCGGUUAUUGCUGGACAAAUAGUGAACCUGGGACAAGCGUCAUUCGAGGUCAUGGCGUCUAUAGUAAACCGGCUCCAUAAAUAUCUGGACACCAGCCAAGACAUGCACGGGCGAAACAGUCUCCUGUCCUCUUAUAUACAUUAUGUUUUCCGUCUGCCCAGCACUGACCCCAACUCCCCCUCUCCGGACUCCGAUCCAUCUGCAACAGGCCCGGGGGGACUGGGAGGCUCGAUGCAUUAUGCCACCAUGGCUCGAUCAGCCGUACGACCUGCCAGUCUCAACUUGAACCGCUCCCGUAGCCUUAGCAACAGUAACCCUGACAUCUCAGGGACGCCCACCUCCCCUGACGACGAGGUCCGCUCCAUCAUCGGCAGCAAGGGUUUAGACCGGUCCAACUCGUGGGUUCACUCCAUGGGGUGUCACAGUGACCCCUGGGGAUCCGGCCCUGGGUCUGCUCCAGAAACCAUGCAGGCCAUGGAGCGCUGUGGCCAUCGCAUGUCUUCGCACACUGAGAGCUCCAGUUUCUUGCAAAGUUUAACAGGACGAUUACCCACAAAAAAGCUGUUUCAUGAGGAGCUGGCUCUGCAGUGGGUGGUCAGCAGCGGGAGCGUCCGCGAGGGCGCUCUCCAACAGGCCUGGUUCUUUUUUGAGCUGAUGGUGAAGAGCAUCAUCCAUCACCUAUACUUCACGGACCGUUUGGAGUCACCACGGAAACACCGCUUCCCUGAGCGCUUCAUGGAUGACAUCACGGCGUUGGUCAGCACCAUCGCCGGGGACAUCGUGUCUCGCUUUCAGAAGGACCUGGAGCUGGUGGAGAGACUCAACAGCAGCUUGGGCUUCUUCCUGAAUGACCUGCUCUCGGUGAUGGACAGGGGCUUCGUGUUCACUUUAAUACGAGCCUAUUGGAAGCAGGUGUCGACGAAGCUUUAUAACCUCCAGAACCCCACACUGGAGUCUCUGAGGCUGGACUUCCUGAGGAUCGUGUGCAGUCAUGAACAUUACGUCACUCUUAACCUCCCCUGUAGUUUGCUGACCCCUCCUGCCUCGCCCUCACCCUCCGUGUCCUCCGCAACGUCACAGAGCUCUGGUUUCUCCACUCACGUCCAAGACCAGAAAAUCGCCAACAUGUUUGAGCUGUCCGUCCCGUUCAGAGAGCAGCACUUCUUGGCUGGACUGGUGCUGUCGGAGCUGUCUGUGAUUCUAGAGCCAGACAAUGAAAUGAUGUUUGGUUUGCAUAAGAAGGUGGUGAAUGUCGUUCAUAACCUGCUGUCCAGUCACGACUCUGACCCUCGCUAUGCCGACCCUGAGGUCAAAGCGCGGGUCGCCAUGCUGUACCUGCCGCUGAUUGGCAUCGUCAUGGAAGCACUGCCUCAACUCCACGACUUCACAGAGUCCCAUAACCAGUGGGGGCGUCCCGGAGGUCCCCAGGGGGCAGCAGUGAGCAGCACUGGUGAAGAGGCAGAGAGUGAAGCUAACAUAAUUAGCCAAACUGUUGCCAUGGCGAUAGCAGGCACCUCCACAGCGUCGCCCAUGUCCCGACCGAGCAGCUUCAUGCUCAACUCCCAGACUCCUCGUCAACACGGGAGCUUUUGGGCUGAGUCCAGUCGCAGCCUCCUGAUCUGUCUGCUUUGGGUGCUCAAAAACGCAGAUGAACUGGUUCUACAGAAGUGGUUCACGGACUUGUCUGUGACUCAGCUCAGCCGCCUCUUGGACCUGCUGUACCUCUGCGUGUCCUGCUUCGAAUACAAGGGGAAGAAGGCCUUUGAGCGAAUGAACAGUCUCACCUUCAAGAAAUCCAAAGACAUGAAGGCCAAACUGGAGGAAGCCAUUUUGGGAAGCAUUGGGGCCAGGCAGGAGAUGGUGCGCCGCAGCCGUGGUCAGCUAGAGCGGAGUCCUUCGGGCAGUGCUUUUGGGAGUCAGGAGAACCUGCGCUGGAGAAAAGAUAUGACCCACUGGAGACAGAACAGUGAGAAGCUGGACAAGAGUCACAGAUCAGUCAGGACCAGAGCAGAGCUGGAGCAUGAAGCUCUUAUCGACGGGAACCUUGCGACGGAGGCCAACCUGAUUAUUCUGGACACGUUGGAAAUCAUUGUACAGACUGUGUCUGUGACUGAAUCCAAAGAGAGCAUCCUGGGAGGAGUCCUGAAGGUGCUGCUACACAGUAUGGCCUGUAAUCAGAGCGCCCUCUACCUGCAGCACUGCUUCGCUACACAAAGAGCUCUUGUGUCUAAGUUUCCAGAGCUGCUUUUCGAGGAGGAGACGGAGCAGUGUGCAGACCUGUGUUUACGGUUGCUAAGAAGCUGCAGCAGUAGCAUCAGCACCAUCCGAUCUCACGCCAGCGCGUCUCUCUACCUCCUCAUGAGGCAGAACUUUGAGAUCGGAAACAACUUUGCUCGGGUGAAGAUGCAGGUGACCAUGUCCCUCUCAUCACUGGUGGGAACGUCUCAAAAUUUCAAUGAGGAAUUUUUACGUCGCUCCUUAAAAACUAUCCUCACGUACGCAGAAGAAGACCUGGAGCUGAGAGAGACGACAUUCCCAGACCAGGUUCAGGACCUUGUGUUUAAUCUGCACAUGAUCCUGUCGGACACAGUGAAGAUGAAAGAGCAUCAGGAGGAUCCAGAGAUGCUGAUCGACCUGAUGUACAGAAUUGCUAAGGGUUACCAAACGUCCCCAGACCUGCGGCUCACGUGGCUUCAGAACAUGGCUGGGAAACACUCUGAGAGGAACAACCACGCAGAGGCAGCACAAUGUCUGGUCCACAGCGCCGCCCUGGUGGCAGAAUACCUCAGCAUGUUGGAGGAUCGUAAAUAUCUCCCUGUGGGUUGUGUCACGUUCCAGAAUAUUUCCUCAAACGUGCUUGAGGAGUCUGCAGUUUCUGACGACGUCGUGUCUCCUGACGAGGAGGGCAUUUGUUCCGGAAAAUACUUCACAGAAAUCGGUUUGGUUGGACUUCUGGAGCAGGCUGCUGCCUCCUUCUCCAUGGCGGGCAUGUACGAGGCAGUAAAUGAAGUUUAUAAGGUACUCAUCCCAAUCCACGAGGCUAACCGGGACGCGAAGAAGCUAGCCACGAUUCAUGGUAAACUGCAGGAAGCGUUUGGGAAAAUUGUUCAUCAGAGUACUGGCUGGGAGAGGAUGUUUGGGACUUAUUUCCGAGUUGGAUUUUACGGCUCAAAAUUCGGAGACUUGGACGAGCAGGAGUUUGUUUACAAAGAGCCGGCCAUCACCAAACUGGCAGAAAUCUCACACAGGCUCGAGGGUUUCUAUGGGGAGCGAUUUGGAGAAGACCAGGUAGAAGUCAUUAAAGACUCCAACCCAGUGGACAAGUGUAAACUGGACCCUAAUAAAGCUUUCAUCCAGAUCACGUAUGUGGAGCCGUACUUCGACACGUACGAAAUGAAGGACCGCAUCACGUACUUCGAUAAAAACUACAACCUACGGCGCUUCGUGUACUGCACGCCGUUCACGCUGGAUGGACGCGCUCACGGAGACCUGCACGAGCAAUACAAACGCAAAACCAUCCUGACCACAUCCCACGCCUUCCCCUACAUCAAGACACGCAUCAACAUCAUCCACAAAGAGGAGAUCAUUUCCACUCCCAUUGAAGUGGCCAUUGAGGACAUGCAGAAGAAGACACAGGAGCUGGCCUUUGCUACUCACCAGGACCCUGCUGACGCCAAGAUGCUCCAGAUGGUUCUACAGGGAUCAGUGGGCACCACAGUCAACCAGGGUCCUUUAGAAGUAGCACAGGUUUUCCUGUCAGAGAUCCCCAGUGACCCCAAACUGUACAGACACCACAACAAACUACGGCUCUGCUUCAAAGACUUCACCAAGAGGUGUGAGGACGCCCUGAGGAAGAACAAGAGUCUGAUCGGGCCGGACCAGAAAGAGUACCAGAGGGAGCUAGAGAGGAACUACCACCGCCUGAAGGAGGCGCUACAACCUCUCAUCAACAGGAAGAUCCCACAGCUUUACAAACCUGUACUGCAGGUCAACACACACAGAGAUUCCUUCAGCCGUCUGAGUCUCCGUAAACUUGACAUUUGAGGAGGAAGAGGGUGAACAUGAGACACAUUGCAAUAUUAAUUUAUUUGAGUGUAAAUAUGUUUUUUUUUUUCUUUUUUUUAAGUUGGUCUCUAGUAUCUGAGUUUGGUACGUCAUUCCAGUGUCUCGACUGUUAAACAAUCAGAGGCUUGAACAAACGGAUUUUUUACAUGUUAUAAAAAGUUUUCUUGACGUUUUAUUUAAAGGUGUACUAUGCAACUGGGGAUAUUACUGCUUUACCUGUAAGUAAUGUUCCACAGUAGGGCAUUAAACUUAUCUUCUAUAGAAACCCGGUUCGCCUACAACAGUGUCAGAUCAGUCUGGAAAACCCCACUCGGAGAACGCUUGCAUGUUUAUCAAAGUCUUUCUGAGCAAUAAAAUGCAAAAUAAAUCUGUUUAAUGCCAUACCGCGAGACAUUUAAAGCAAGAACGUCUCCAUGGGGACCGGCACAUGUCUCACCCCAACCGGAAAAGUUACAUAGUGCACCUUUACAACUAGAGAUAGACCGAUAUAUCUAUUGGCUGAGGUACUGGGCCAAUAUUGGGGCUUUUGGCUUUACAUCUCCAGCUUAGGUCGUUUUAUUUGUUUUGGUCGAUCUGCUGCAUAAAACAUCCACACACAAAGUUUUAUACUGACACUUUAAGAUGAAGAGACGCUGCACGAAACAUAAACUCACAGCUCUAUGACUGACUUUAUUCAGCUCUGCCCACUUUUUUCAUAAGUACUUCCAUUUAAGUAGGAAUUCCAGUCCUUUCCAUGAAGACCAUAUUUUGCAGACUAUAAGUCGCAUUUUUUGGAGAAUUUCUCCAAAAUCUGAAAAAAGAUUUACAAAAUCUGAGACCAAGAGCAGACAUUUUAUCUUUAAACGCAAGUUAUAAUAACAAAAAAAUAGAGAACAACAGGCUGAAUAUCAUUACAGCACGAUAAUGUAACAUUUAUAUUUAUUCAGUUACAUGAAGCACAGACAGAACUGAACACGUGUCUGGUCUGUUAAUGUAAGAUAUUAACAGUUAAUCAGAUAAAUAAAGCAUAAAAAACAAGCUAACAAGUUUAUUCUGGAUCUCACUCCAAAUCACUAAAUCCAUUGAAUUCUUCAUCCUCUGUGUCGCUUCUGAACAACUCCACCAACUCCAGAGGAAGAUGAAGAGCAGCUUCCUCUUCUGUGUGACUGUCACACUGGUACAAGCCUAGAUUGUCCUCGCACAGUUGUCUGUGACGAUAAUGAAGAGGUGGAAUUAUAUAUUUUAAUAAUUUCACAUAUAAGUCACAUCUAAGUAUAAGUCACACCCCCGAACAAACUGAAAAAAGUGACACUUAUAGUCUGGAAAAUAUGAUAGGUUGAUUUGUGUCAUAUGUUUAAUGUUUAUGUGCAACAAAUCAACACAGAACCGAUUCUCUGGAAGCUUCAAAACGGCUCUGUCCCUGUAGAACUUAUUUGUGUCAAAAUUGUCAGCCCCAAUGUAAAAUAAUACAAUAGAAUAGGUUUCUGUAAAAAAAACAAAGGGGCUGAGGGUGAGUUUGUAGUAAAUCGGUGCAUUUUAACUGCAGAAAAAGCCCAAAAUAUCGACAGAGCUUAUGGGCCACGUGUUGCUAUGGAUUUGGUAUCGGUAUCGGCCACGGAAAACCCCAUAUCGGUUGAUCUCUACUUUAAACCAGUGUAUUUUCUCUGAUUGUUGCUACUUCAACAACUGCUGCCUUGAAGAGUGACUGAAUGCAGAACCAGAUAUUUCUUUAUCAGCUCAUGAAAGUGCCAAAACUGUUUUUCUCGCCAAAUGUUUCUGAAUGAGGAACUAUUGUAAAAAAUCAAGGUGUCUUCUGAAGUUUCCAUUGUACGAAGUGUCAAACUUAUUUCAUGUGUGACUUUUACAGUGUAGCAAAGCGUUUUUAGACUUGAAAGAUGAUGUAAACGAUUAUGUAAACGAGACGGUAAGGAAAAAAACAUGCAAAAACGUGUUCUGUUAUUUAUC